UACAGGUAAAUAGAAAUCGAUUUUUGAGUUUUUUAAGAUACUUUAUUCUAAAGGAUAUAUCUAGAAAGAAAAGGAAUAUAUUAACAGAAAUGAUAGGAUACGUCUUCAUAUUCCAGGUUCUUUUAGGAUUUACCAGUGCGUCAUACUGUUCCUAUUAUAGCUAUGGCUACACUAGUUAUAAAUAUUGUAUCGAUGGAUGCUGCUAUUCAUUAACGUCUGAUCCGUGCUGUUACAGUAACUAUGGUUAUAUCUAUUCUAGUCUUACACUAUCGGUCGGAGCAAUUGUUGGCAUUGUAAUUGGUGUGAUUGUAGCCAUAAGUUCAGUUGUGACGAUUGCCGUAUGUUUGUGUUGUGCAUGUGCUAGAUCAAGACCAGCUGCUCACGGACAGAUUAUCACACAAGCACAACCGAAUAUUUCAUACGUUGCUACGUCGAAUCAAACAGGUAUGCAAGCAGGGUUCAGUCAGCCGUAUGGUGUCAAUGACAACAGUGGAUUUGUCCCACCACCGGCAUAUAAUCAAGCAGCUAUGCCUGGCCAGCAUCCCAGUUAACUAUUUAAUUAUUAAAUAUUAUAUAAGCAUAGUAUAAUGACAUUUUAAAAUUGCUUUGAGUAUUUUGAAAUUAAUGCUAAUCAUACAGAUUUAUCUAUAUGUCAAAUAUCAAAAUAGACUAUACUUUUAUAACUUUUGACUUGGAUGGAGAGUUGUCUCAUUGGCACUCAUACCACAUCUUCUUAUAUCUAUAUAAUGACAUAGUGUUGCUGUAUAUCAUAUUUGUUUUUCGUUUAUUGUUUUUUUUUAUCUUUGUUUAUAUAAAUCAGACCGUUAGUUUUCUUG